GCGUGAAAACAUUGUGACAAGCGAUAGGUGUCGAAGUAUUCACAUGUUCACAUGCUCUUGAAUCAUUUAACGUUUAUUACAACAUUUAAAUUGUGCUUUAUACAAUAGCCUAGCAAUUGAGAAAGAAACCAGAAAUAAUGGCAGCACAAUUUAUGAACACACUUGGUAAAGUUGGCCUCGGACUUGCAGUAGUUGGUGGUGUUGUUAACACAGCACUGUAUAAUGUUGAUGGUGGUCACAGAGCAGUGAUCUUUGACAGAUUUCAAGGAGUUAAGGAUAAAGUAAUUGGUGAGGGUACGCAUUUUCUUGUUCCAUGGGUGCAACGACCUAUCAUCUACGAUAUCCGGUCCCGACCAAGAAACGUACCCGUCGUAACUGGUAGCAAAGAUUUGCAGAAUGUGACCAUCACCCUGCGUGUUCUGUACAGACCGAUCCCCGGUGAACUGCCAAAAAUCUACACAAACCUCGGUGUUGACUAUGAGGAGAGAGUGUUGCCUUCUAUCACGAAUGAAGUUUUAAAAGCUGUUGUGGCUCAGUAUGACGCUGCAGAGCUGAUUACACAGCGAGAACUUGUGUCACAGAAGGUCAGUGAAGACCUGACGGAGAGGGCAUUCAGUUUUGGACUCCUCUUGGACGAUAUUUCUCUGACACAUACCUCGUUUGGAACCGAUUUCACGCACGCAGUAGAACUGAAGCAGGUGGCGCAACAGGAUGCUGAGAGGGCACGAUUCACUGUAGAAAAGGCUGAGCAACAGAAGAAAGCAGCUGUGAUAUCUGCGGAAGGUGACACAAAGGCCGCAGAGCUGCUUGCACGUGCAUUCAUCGAUGCAGGAGAGGCGCUGGUAGAACUCCGCAAACUGGAGGCGGCUGAGGACAUAGCUUACCAAAUGUCAAAGUCGCGAAAUGUCACGUAUCUGCCACCGGGGCAAAAUAUGCUGUUAAAUCUGCCAGUGACGCAGUAGGCGUCAUCCACUGAUAGCCAGACUAAUAGAGAAAACUUCCAAUAAUUACACAAUUCGUUACUGCAUAGUAUCUCACUGCUGGAAUCAAGUAAUCAUUUGCAAAAACCUAUAGUGUUUUAGCUGAAAUGUUAGUAGGACAUGUAUCAAAAUCGUUUACUAACAUAAAAGCAAACCAAUGAGAGGCAGGACGAUUGACAGAUGCGGCACAAAGGCGUACCAGAAUAGCAGUUUGCCGUAACUAAUCAACAUAACUGUACCAAUUCAAAUCGACUUGGCAAUAAACAUGGUAGCAACAGCGGUA